AUGGCUGCCAUCCCAGGCUCACUGAUUCCAGCUCGGCCGACAGAGAAGGACUUCCUGAGGUCCUGCAGCACCCUGGUGGUGAGAGACAACAGUGGCGUCACGGCUGACCAGGUCUACCUCACCACCUUCCAGAGGGACUUCAGGACGUCCGGCCAGCUCCCCAAAUGCGGCGCGCUCCCUCGGCCCACGCCCGCCCAGAUGGGGCACACGGACGGGCGCGUCCUGGAGCGCGGCACAGAGGCGCUCUGCUCCUACACGCCGCCCCGGCUGCAGCGCAUCUCCCGCAUACCCGCCUGGGCCAAGCUGGGCACCAACCUGAGGAUGCACGGCGACCGCCGCCAGGCCACACGCCGCAGCACGCAGGCCGAGGGCUACCGGCCGCCGCCCCCCCACUCCGCCAGCCUGCUGGCACGCCCCUCCGCCGCCAUCCAGCUGGGUUCCCAUGACAACAGGCUGCCCGAGACCACCCACAGAGAGACCUUCCCUGCCCACGCAACGCCACGUGUGGUCAGAGCUCCGGUCAGGCACCUCGGAGGAGAGCCGACUAUUCGAGGAGACCAGCAGAGGGCGCUCUCCUUCAGCACCCAGCACAGGGAGGCCUUCCAGGGCAGAUGGUGCCCCCCGCCUGCACUGAUGGAGAAGCAAUUCCGCUCGUCCCUGGCGAUGGGUGACCCUGAGAGGCAGGUGGAGAGGGAGACCACACAGGCCGGCUCCUACCGGCCCCCCGGAGCUCAGCGGCCAGUGAAAGUGAUGGAGCGACUAAAGGUCAAUCUUGGGGACAAUCAAAACAAAUGGGAGUCCACUACAGCUGACGCGUAUCGCAGCAGAAGAGCAGAGUGUGUGCACCACCGGAAGCUGAAUCGGGCUCUCAGCUUUGUGCCCCGUGGAGAUGUGGACGCGGAGCGGAACCGAGCCAGAACGAACGACACCACGUACCGGUUCUUCUUCUCUGAGGGGAGCCACAGGGAGGUCCCCACACUUGUGGACGGGGCCAGCCUCAGAACCAGGAGUAACGUGCAGUUUGGUCGGCCCAGUUUGGGCAAGAUGUUCUACAGAACCUCCUCCAAAGAGGACUACCCAAGACGAGAUGGGACCCGGGCCCAGCCCUCCACACACCCCUCUGGACGUGUGCUCUCCGGCCUGGAGCCAGAACCUGCUGUCACAACAGUGCAGCGAGACUUCCGUCCCUCAAACGGAAAGAGGCAGGAGCUGCCCCCCACCCAGCUAAAACAGAUUAAAGAGAGUCACAUCAAUCCACCCUGUGAGGAGCACCACUUCAGCACCACCCACAAUGAGUUCUUUCCAUCGUUACCUUUGGCAAGAACCCCAGCAGUGGACCCACACAGACUCCAACGCAGCCACGUACCCUUGUAGAAACACACACAUGCGCACACACGCAUUCACAUACAUGCAUGCACGGAUACACA